GCACUCAUACGCCAGACGUGGUUGAACCGUCGUGCGUCGCACGCGUCUGUCAGCUCCCGGCGACGCUCGGAUAUCGCGUACUUAUUCCUAACUGAAAAGCAUACGAAAUACCCUUCCCAGUUGUGCCCCCGUACCCCCAGUGAUGCCUGUAACAAUGUAAUAAUACGCAAUAACUAAUCGCCGAAUUAGAGUUUGCACAUAUCACCGUAUAAAAUGAAUUUGUGAACAAUCGACUGCAAUCGUGUUUAAUUAAUAACAAACAUAUCUUCGAGCAUAUCAGUGUAGUGUGAGUGAUAAAAAUGUCCGAACGCUUCAAGGUGACGAAGUUUGACGAACCUUCGGGUAAGAAUUACAAGAACUACGGCGCUACUUCUGCGGAGAGUGAUGUGGAGCUGAAGGGGAAACUACUGCCCGAUCCAGGUGACACCGAUGAUGGCCUUCCGAAAGAAAAGGAUAAAUGCUGUGACACAAACCUUUACCUGUAUCACGAGGAGAUUGAAGACCGACCCCGAGCGGCCACAUUUCUCAGUUCCCUGGCUGACUACUCCAAUACCAUACCCACUGCUUCUGCAGCCGACCCUGAUGCACCAAAACCAGCUCCCCCAGCCCGCAUGGGCACUCUUAUUGGCGUCUACUUACCCUGUAUCCAGAACAUUUUUGGCGUUAUUCUUUUCAUCCGUCUGACUUGGGUCGUUGGUACAGCUGGUGCUAUACAAGGAUUCCUGAUUGUUCUUACAUGCUGCUGCACGACGAUGUUAACUGCGAUAUCUAUGUCUGCGAUUGCAACAAACGGCGUGGUACCUGCGGGGGGGUCUUACUUCAUGAUCGGAAGGUCUUUGGGUCCUGAAUGUGGUGGUGCUGUGGGAAUGCUUUUCUAUACGGGGACUACACUAGCUGCAGCUAUGUACAUCGUUGGUGCUGUAGAAAUCGUCCUAACGUACAUGGCGCCCUGGAUGUCAAUCUUCGGUGAUUUCACAAAGGAUCCUGAGGCAAUGUAUAACAACUUCCGAGUGUAUGGAACUGGAUUACUGUUGAUUAUGGGAAUGGUGGUGUUCGUCGGUGUCAAAUUUGUGAACAAGUUUGCAACGAUCGCUCUCGCUUGCGUAAUCCUCUCAAUAUCUGCUGUGUAUGCCGGAAUUUUCGUGAACUUCAAUGGAAAUGACAAACUUCAAAUGUGUGUUCUCGGAAAACGACUGCUUAAAGACAUCCACAUAAGCAACUGCUCUAAGGAUCCGGGUGGCGAAUUAGAACAAAUAUUCUGUCCCAAUGGUACUUGUGAUCCUUACUAUCACACACAUGAAGUCAGCAUUGUUCAGGGUAUCAAGGGAUUAGCAAGCGGUGUUUUCUUUGACAAUUUACAAGAUUCAUUCCUACAACUUGGCCAAUAUAUCGCUUAUGGAAAGGAACCUGAUGAUAUAGAGCAAAUGGAACGCCCUACUUACAAUCAAAUAUAUGCUGAUCUUACGACAACUUUUACAAUUUUGAUCGGAAUAUUUUUCCCUUCAGUAACUGGUAUUAUGGCUGGUUCAAAUCGGUCCGGGGAUUUAGCCGAUGCUCAGAAAAGUAUACCUAUUGGAACCAUAUGCGCUAUUCUGACCACUUCUACGGUUUAUUUAUCCUGUGUUUUAUUAUUCGCUGGAACUGUUGAUAAUUUAUUACUUCGUGAUAAAUUCGGCCAGUCUAUUGGCGGGAAACUUGUAGUAGCAAACAUGGCCUGGCCAAACCAAUGGGUAAUUCUAAUUGGAUCUUUCCUGUCCACUUUGGGAGCUGGUUUGCAGUCAUUAACGGGUGCCCCGCGGUUACUCCAAGCUAUUGCCAAAGACGAAAUAAUUCCAUUCCUUGCACCAUUCGCAGUUUCGUCUAGCAGAGGCGAACCCACUCGAGCCCUGCUACUCACGAUGCUCAUAUGCCAAUGCGGUAUCCUGCUCGGAAAUGUUGACAUUUUGGCCCCACUGCUGUCUAUGUUCUUCCUCAUGUGCUACGGAUUUGUCAAUUUGGCGUGUGCUCUCCAAACGUUACUCAAGACGCCGAAUUGGCGACCAAGAUUCAAAUACUAUCACUGGUCUCUAUCUCUAGCCGGUCUAACGUUGUGCAUUUCCAUUAUGUUCAUGACGUCAUGGUUCUACGCUCUUAUUGCGAUGGGUAUGGCUGGGCUUAUCUAUAAAUACAUUGAAUAUCGUGGAGCCGAGAAAGAAUGGGGUGAUGGACUUCGUGGUUUGGCACUAUCUGCCGCUCGUUAUUCCCUGCUGCGUCUUGAAGAAGGUCCACCACACACCAAGAAUUGGCGCCCUCAAGUAUUGGUACUUGCCAAAUUAAACGAUGAUCUUAAUCCUAAGUAUCGGAAAAUGCUCGCUUUCGCCAGUCAACUGAAAGCUGGUAAGGGUUUGGCAGUGUGUGUAUCAGUACUUGGCGGAGAUUUUACAAGGCGCGCUGGAGAAGCAUCAACAGCAAAGCAGAAUUUGCGAAAGUGCAUGGAAGAGGAAAAAGUUAAAGGUUUUACUGAUGUUCUUGUGGCUCAUAGCAUUGCUGAUGGACUUAGCCAUUUUGUCCAAACAACUGGUCUUGGAGGUCUGAAACCGAACACCGUCAUCGUUGGUUGGCCAUACGGCUGGAGGCAGUCUGAGGACGAUCGCACUUGGCAUGUGUUCUUACAUACCGUACGAGCUGUAACUGCUGCAAGGAUGGCUAUGCUCGUGCCCAAAGGAAUUAACUUCUUCCCCGAUUCCACUGAAAAAGUUUCGGGUAAUAUUGAUAUAUGGUGGAUCGUCCAUGAUGGAGGCAUGCUAAUGCUGUUGCCAUUCCUGCUAAAACAACACCGAACAUGGAAAAAUUGUAAAAUGCGUAUAUUCACUGUAGCCCAAAUGGAAGACAAUUCGAUUCAGAUGAAGAAAGAUCUUAAGAUGUUCCUUUACCAAUUACGUUUGGAAGCUGAAGUUGAAGUUGUGGAAAUGACCGACAGCGAUAUCUCCGCUUAUACAUACGAACGAACUCUGAUGAUGGAACAACGAAACCAGAUGCUCCGGGAACUCAGACUUAAUAAGAAGGAAACCUUGGGCAUGAUGCAAAAUUUGGUGGACUAUCGUGAACAAAACGCUGAGGAGAAGUUGCCUCUGGUACAAGCUAUUGUAGACCACCACCACGCUGACGUGAAAACAGCAAGUAAAGUACGCUUUGCGGAACCCGGUAGUGAACCCAAUCCCAACGACGCUCCAUCGCCACCUCUAGCUGAUAGCGAAGAUAAAGAAACUGACGACAAGGACGACUUUCGAAGUAGUUUGUUGCACAUAAUUGAUUCAAUGUGGGACUCGUCCGAUGAAAACUCACAGUGUGAGGGAGCUCCUUCGCCACCACUGGAUGCCGAGAAGAAAGAUAGCAACGCCAACGGAGAUGCGCUGAAUCCAAAACCCAAUUUGCCUAAUAUAACACCUGACGAAGGCACGGUUCGUCGCAUGCACACAGCGGUGAAGCUGAACGAGGUGAUCGUGUCCCGGUCUCAUGACGCACAACUAGUCAUACUGAACCUACCCGGACCCCCGCGAGACACAAAAUUGGAAAGAGAAUCUAACUAUAUGGAAUUCCUGGAGGUCUUGACGGAGGGGCUGGAGAAGGUGUUGAUGGUGCGCGGUGGUGGAAGGGAGGUGAUCACAAUCUACUCGUGAAUCGCCUGCCUCCUUCUCUUGACACAAAAAGGCAAUAUUUCACGUUACGUGCGAUUUUUAGGACAUUACGUUUUCAUAAGUUUUUAGGAACUUUUACAAGGCACGAAUCAUGACACUUCUAUUCAAGGGAAUUAUGUGACUUUUACACUAUUGGUUGUUAUUAUUUGAUCGUUACAGACAUGAGUGUAUAACAGAACUAUCGCAUUUGUCUUCGGCUUAUGUUUCGAAGAAUGUAAUUGUUUUGUAAAACAUCGCAAGUGACCAAUCGACAGAGAACAUUGAUCCUUGACCGAAAAUGUUAACUAACAAAAAUAAAGGUUUGAAUUCAGAAACAUUAUGAAGAAAAAUAGUUUCUUUUGAUGAAUUAUUAAAAGAAUUACCUGCCAAACAAAUCCCAGCAAAAGACAAGUAAAUCGAUCGGACACUUUUCUUAUGACUACUACAAUAUUACAUUAGAUGUAAAUUUUGUUAUAUUUGACACAUAGGACGAUUAUUUUUGAAGUUUAUUCACUGUUGUGUAGUAUAUUAUGUAUUAAAUUAAAUGACUUAUUCUAACGGAGAGCCUUACUUAGAUCGGUAGUUCUAAGUUCGUUUCGUCAUAGACUAGCUGAGAGCGUAGAUAUAUCUUUGUUACAGAUAUGCCAUAUCGUUUUUAAUUUUACGGUUGUUAUACUUAUCCUUCGACUUUAUUUUUUCUAUCGGUGUUAAGCAUAGCUAUUUUAUAGAUUUAGAAUAUACAAACUAUGUGGAUUCUGUAAAAUUUAAUGUAAAUAGUAAUUUCUUUCAUAAGAUAUUCGACGUCUGCUCAACUUUAAAAUAAUCUUUGGACUGAAAAUGAAAUUUUAUUGAACCGGAACGACUCGUAGGAAUCCAAUCGGGAUUAAAUUUUCAUCUAGUCAUUUCCAAUGAUUUGAUUUUAUAUAAAGUUGUAUUACUUUCUGUGAAGUUUGAAAUGAUUCGUUUGAAAUUAUGACGAAACACAAAUAGUUGCUAUUGCAAUAGCAGGACUAAAAGGAAAAAAGUGCAUUGAAUAAUUUAAUGGAAGGGUUUACCUUUCAUUUAAUGUAUCUUUAGAAUUUAAACUCGUAAACGUUUUGCGCACAUUCGCGUAGUUAGAAGAUUUCUUACUGUGAUCGUUUAUAUAAUGUUUUUGUCAUCUGUACCUUAUUCAUUAAUGGCGAAAUAUCUACUAGAUAUAAGCGGAAAUUAUAAUUUAGCUUAAGUGAAUUUGAAUUAUCUGAUAAACAUAACUGUAUUCUAUUAUUGAUUAACAAUACAUAUAUAAGUAACUGUAAGAUUAAAGAAUUACACUUUUUAUAUACUUUAAGUGAACUCUUACAGAAAUAUGAUAUCGAAACAUUCCACAUCUUUCCUAAUAUAGUUAAUAAUUUGAAUUAAGAUCUAUUCAGAAGUGUUCCAAAAGCACUUAUUGCUUCUCUCUAGGUAUCUAUGGAUUUACAUAAAUAAUUCAUAGAAAACAAUCGCUGCUGGCACUAUUUAAUUCGAAGUUAAUUCGAGUGUAAUAAUGCCAAAUAACUUUCAAUACACUAACAUUGUAACAAAGAAAAAAUUGUCAAUUUGAUUUCUAUAACACCAUAAUAAAUUACGAUAAUUAGUAAGCAUUCUUAUGUGCGAAGAGUGUUAGAUGACUGCCAAAUAGGUAUCGAUGUUGUAAAAUAAUUAGAUCGUAAGAAACUACUUUUAAUCAUAUUAAAUGUGUUUGAAAUUUUGAGAUCCUAGUUGUUUAGAUUCAAGCGAAUAAUAGAUGUAAGAACUAGUGCAUGAUAUCACUUUUAACUUGUUGGGUAGAAAUCGUAUUCAUAGCAGUGAUGUGUGAGUAAGGGCCUUUCUUCCUUUCUCACUUGCAAAUUAGAGAUAGAGCAAAAUACGCAAACUCACAAUUGCUUUCAUAAGUAAAAGGCUAAAUUAUUUUUGUGUAUAAUUGUAUGAGUUAUGUUACAAAUAUUAUGUACAAUCAAUUAUUUAUUUGUUUUUGUUGUUUCUAAAUCUAACAAAAUAUAAUCGAAAAAAGCAAGUUAAUUCAUAACUAGCUAAAUUUAUAGCACCAAUUUUUCUAAAAGCUUAAUUAAAUUGAUUUCAUACAAAAGUUAGUUUCAUAUAGCAAGCAAAAUUAUUCAGUUAAUAAAUAAUUUACUUAAAUCAAAAAAAUGGCUAAGAACAGUAUUAUGAGGUAGGACUGAUUCGUUUCCUGGUAGAGCAAACUAUUUAUAUUCGAUUGUGAAUAAAAAACAAGAACACAAAUUAAAUUUAGAAAAUAACCGUAACAAUAUGUAUUAAUAUUUUCUAGAUUAUUUGUCGGCUUGAUUGUGAAUCUUUGGGUGGUUUAUCGAUUACUCUAUAAAUGCAUCUUAUGCACUUUGCCUUGAUUAAGUGAUAGGAGUGUGAUCUUUUGAAUAAAAGGGUAUAAAGGAAAUUGUCAACAUUCACUUAAUAAAAUUAAGUACACAAUAUAUAUAUCAUAUUUAAAAAAUAAUUAUUUUAGUUUAAAUUGAAUACCUACGUGUUAUUUUAUCACUUAGUGAUAUAAAUAUAAAACAUACUAACGAAAUUAUUUAGAUACCUUGAUUUUAAGUAUGGUGUUGAAAAAGGAGUAGCUAAAAUUUUAAAACAAAAACUGUAUAUGUUCUAUGAGAUGAGUACUAUAAUUUAUUUAAGCUCUCAAAAUAAUAUAACAUACUAUUAGGUAUAUGUAUAUCCUAUAGGAUGACGACAGACAGCCAUUUAAAAAAUUGAUGAUUGAUGGAAUAAAAAUGUCUUUCCCCAUAUAACACGAAAUUCUCGUACAAUAAGUUCAACACUUACCUAAAGUAAAAGGCCAUAAAAAGUAGCAAGACGUCGUGUCAUAUAUGUGUGCCAAAUUGUUUAGAUACUCCAUGACACUACAUAAUUAAUUUUUCUCAUAACCCUUCAGUUGAAUAAUUUUAUUACGAUAAAAAUCCAAGUACCUAGCUAUAAUACCCUUUUCAUGCGUUUCACCGAAAGCUUUGAUUGCAGCGUGUUAGUGGUAGAUGAAUAAACAAAUAGGUGUAAUUUAUUAAGCACAUCUAGCGUUUCAAUCAAAUUUAAGAAAUUCGUGUUCGUAAUUUCAUUCAUACAUAGUAGUAAUCUAGUAGUUAUAUCGACAUUCUAUUGAACUUCUGUCGAGUGUCUUGUAAUAAAUUAUAAAUUACCUACCUACUUAUUAAAUUUUAGGCUGUGAGCCGACUUAAACAGAUUUUACAUUUGGUAACAAAGAUUGAAGAAGCUAGAGCCGCUGUGAUACAACAUUUGGCUAUAAUUAAAUAAUAUUCGAACGGAAUAUUAAAACACCUGUACUUUUGAAACGUAGAAAAUUUCAUAUUUCAGUUUUAGUUUAGCAUCCAUUUUUAUCUGUUACUUUGAUAAUAAACUUCUGUUAUAAUUAAUUCAAAUGAUUAUUUAAUUAAAUACCAAUACAUCUAAAUAAGCCUAGAAAUUUCAAUUAAUCCUUUAAUAGGUACCUACUAUUCUUUAUUACCUACUCAAAACAAAAGAGAGCAGAACAAUGAUUUAUAUACCUUAAUUAUCUUUAACAGAUUAGACAUAUUCAUUUUAACUUAAAUAGCUAUAAAUAUAUUGUGUAUGUAUCUUUAUUUUUUACCUACUUAUCAAAAUGUGUUUAAACAAAAACAAUAUUAUUGUCUACUUCGAUUGUGUAAGCUAAGAAAUUAUUAAAAUACCUAUUCAAAU